AUGGCCGACCAACAGCCCGAAAAGACUACUGCUCCUGCUACUGAUGUCGCAGACUCGCAGCCUGCCGUCGUUACCAGCACUGACACCCGCAAGGAGACGACCGAGACCGCGGAGCCACUACCAGAGGACAAGACCGAAACCACAACCGCGCAGCCUGCCGUUGAAACCACUGCCACCCAAUCCGGCACCGCAGAGACUCCCGCCGAAGUGCAGCAACCGCCCCAGGCCGAAGAGGAGAAGCCUGUCGCUCAGCAGCCGGAACAGCCAGCCUAUCUUGCCAAAAACCCUGCCCUCGCUCAGUUCUUCGAGCGUCUCCCUGCCAUUGUCUCCAGCAGCGGCCAUGCGGAAAUGUGGGGUGUCCCGCUCAAGGACUCGAACGAUGCUCCCACCGUCAACGUUCUGAUCAAGUUCCUGCGCGCGAACGAGGGCAAUGUCAAGCUGGCUGAGGGGCAGCUUACCAAGGCCUUGAAGUGGCGCAAGGAGAUGAACCCCUCAGCGCUCGCUGAGUCGACCAGCUACAGCGCGACCAAGUUUGGUGGUCUGGGUUAUUUGACCGUCUACAAGGAAGCUAAUGGUGCGGAGAAUGUUGUCACCUGGAAUAUCUACGGUGGUGUCAAGGAUAUCAACACCACUUUUGGUGAUAUGGAUGAGUUUGUUAAGUGGCGUGUUGCGCUUAUGGAGCUGGCAGUCAAGGAGCUGAAGAUGGCAGAGGCGACCUCUGUGAUUGACUACGAUGGCGAGGACCCCUAUCAGAUGAUCCAGGUCCAUGACUACCAGAACGUGAGCUUCCUGCGCCUGAAUCCUGCCAUCAAAGCAGCUACCAAGAAGACCAUUGAAGUGUUCACCACAGCUUACCCUGAGCUGCUCCGGGAGAAGUUCUUCGUCAACGUCCCUGCCAUCAUGGGCUGGAUGUUCGCCGCCAUGAAGGUCUUCCUGAGCAAGAAUACCACUCGCAAAUUCCACCCCAUCUCAAACGGUGCCAAUCUGGCUCGCGAGUUCCCUUCUCUGAAGGACCAAUUCCCCAAGGUCUACGGUGGCAGCGCCCCUGCUCUUCAGGAGGGAGCGAGAACCGUCAACCUCAGUCAGGACGAGUCUGCCCCGGCUGCCCCUGAGCAGUCAAAGGAGCAGACCAAGGAGAACAAGGAGGAGGCCGCUCAGGAGGAGUCCAAGCCUGAGUCUGCUCCAGAGCAGCCAAAGGCUGACCCUGCUGUCACGGCCCAGGAAGCCCCUGCCGCCGAUGCUAAGUGA